GGGCACACCUCAGGAGCCAUGGCGCAGCAGCGUCCACCACCAUCCGUCGCGACCUCGCCACGUCUCGCCCAUGCACGGGGACACAUUGCCACCGCUCCCCACGUCGCGCGCCCGGAACACCGCAGAUCCCCCCAGGCCUAACUGCUUAUCAAGCGGCCCGAGCACUCCACUGCCCCUCCGCAUAUCGGGGCUGGCCGGGGGAACAGCGAAGAAAGAUUGUGCUAGCAAGCUAGACUGGGGGCCAUGGCGGCGGGGGCGACUGCUCGGUGGCUUGUUCUGCUUCUGGUCGCCGUCUCGGCGGCCGCGGCGGCCGCGGCCGGGAAGCAUGAAAGAUGGAGGAGGAUGAGCGGCGCGGUGAGCGGCCAGGUGGUGGAGAAGGAGAAGCGGAGGCUGGUGGCGUACACCGAGGCCGGGAUGGUGACGGCCGUGGACGUGGCCGACGCGGCGUACCGGCUGCACUUCAUCGCCAUGGAUCCCGGCGCGCUGUUCCUGCCCGUGCAGCUGCACGCCGACAUGGUGUUCUACGUCCACAGCGGACGGGGCAAGGUGACUUACCUAGAAGAAGACAGCGGUGAAAAGAGUUCCCUGGAGGUUGAGCGGGGGGACGUCUACAACUUGGAGCAGGGCAGCAUCCUGUACAUCCAGAGCUACCCCAACGCCACCAGACAGCGUCUCCGGAUCUUCGCCAUCUUCACCAGCGACGGCAUCAACGCCGAGGAUCCCACGAAGCCAAAGGUUGAAGCUUAUUCCAGCGUCAGUAAUCUGCUCAAAGGGUUCGAAACAGAUGUUCUUCGUCGCGGUUUUGGGGUCCAACGGGAGGUGGCAGAAGCGAUCAAGUCGGCCAAGACGCCGCCACCGAUUAUACCCUACAACCCACAGGAGAAGGGGGGCGACGAGGAGCCCAGCUGGACCGAGGACGUCGUCGACGCUCUGUUGGGGGUGCGAGACCCGGAGUUCCUGAACAAGAAGAAGAAGGACAAGCACAAGGGCAAGAGCAAGGACAAGAAGUCCAAGAGCAAGGCGUUCAACUUCUACUCCGGCAAGCCCGACGUCCACAACUGCUACGGGUGGAGCCGAACGAUGACCAACAAGGACCUCGACGCCCUGCACGGCUCCGACAUUGGCAUGUUCAUGGUGAACCUCACCACGGGUUCGAUGGUGGGGCCUCACUGGAACCCCAAGGCGACGGAGAUCGCCAUCGUGACGGACGGCACGGGGAUCGUGCAGACGGUGUGCCCGAGCAGCAGCGGCAGCAGCAGCCCGCAGUCGGACGAGAGCAGGAGAGGCCACCGCGGCGACGAGCGCGGCGGGCCGGGCGGGCGCGGCGACGAGGGAGGCGAAGGCGGCGGCGCGCGGUGCAGGAGCUCGGUGUUCCGGGUGAAGGAAGGCGACGUGUUCGUGGUGCCGCGGUUCCACCCGAUGGCGCACAUGUCGUUCAACAACGACUCGUUCGUGUUCGUGGGGUUCAGCACCCACAUGGGCGAGAACCACCCGCAGUUCCUGGCCGGGAAGGGGUCGGUGCUGCAGGCCAUCGGCAAGGAGGUGCUGGCGUUGUCGCUGGGGCAGCCGAACUCGACUGCCGUGGAGAAGCUGCUGUCCGCGCAGCGGGACUCGACGAUCCUGUCGUGCAUCUCGUGCGCCGAGGAGCUUGAGAAGAAGGCCGCGGAGGAGGAGAAGAGAAGCCGGGAGGAGGAGGAAGAGAGGAGGAGAGAACAGGAGGAAAGGGAGAGGAGGGAGCGCGAGGAGGAAGAACGAAGGAGAGAGCAGGAGGAAAGGGAGAGGAAGGAGAGAGAGGAGGAAGAACGGAAAGAGCAAGAGGAGCGGCAGAGGAAGGAAGAAGAGGAGCGGCAGAGGAAGGAAGAAGAGGAGAGGGCUAGGAAAAAGCAAGAGAAGCGGCAGAGGAGGGAGGAGGAAGAAAGGCAGCGGGAGGAGGAAGAACGGAGGAGGGAGGAGGAAGAGGGUGGCGGCGGACGUGGGGACGAGCCAGAGAGGGAGGAAGAGGAGGGAGACGAGCGGCCGUAUCGCUUGUCCAAGAAACUGAAGAACAGCUACCGUGUUGGCUGAAGAACAGCUACCGUGUUGGCACGUUUAGGAGUGGCUGAGCAGUGUUCUAGCCCUUGUCACGUACAAAUAAAAGGGGCCCUCGCUCGCAGAGGGCCGGCUAGUCGACCUGUGUAGCUUGCUGUACAUGUUUACUGCUCUUGUUUAGCGGCAUGAUCCCGCAUGUACGAACGGCACCGUAAAUAAGCAAAUAAGCCUCUCUUUGUGUUGAGAUUGUUGUUUA